UUUGACCACUUUCAAAUAUUGCGGGCUAUUGGGAAAGGGAGUUUUGGAAAGGUGUGCAUUGUACAGAAGAGAGACACCAAGAAAAUGUAUGCCAUGAAGUAUAUGAAUAAACAGAAGUGCAUUGAGAGAGAUGAAGUUCGCAAUGUUUUCCGGGAGCUGCAGAUAAUGCAAGGCCUGGAGCAUCCCUUCCUAGUCAAUCUGUGGUAUUCCUUUCAAGAUGAAGAAGACAUGUUCAUGGUGGUUGAUCUCUUACUCGGAGGUGACCUGCGUUACCACUUGCAGCAGAACGUUCACUUUAAUGAAGGAACUGUUAAACUGUACAUUUGUGAGCUGGCACUUUCCUUGGAUUAUUUGCAGAGAUACCACAUCAUUCACAGGGACAUCAAACCUGACAACAUACUACUGGAUGAACAUGGACAUGUUCAUAUCACUGACUUCAAUGUAGCAACCAUAGUGAAAGGCUCAGAAAAAGCUUCUUCUAUGGCUGGCACAAAACCCUAUAUGGCUCCAGAAGUGUUCCAGGCUUUUAUGGAUGGAGGUCCAGGAUACUCGUACCCAGUAGACUGGUGGUCAUUAGGAAUUACAGCAUAUGAAUUACUGAGGGGUUGGAGGCCCUAUGAAAUUCACUCAGCCACCCCCAUUGAUGAGAUACUCAACAUGUUCAAGAUUGAAAGAGUUCACUACUCAUCCACAUGGUGCAAGGGCAUGAUAGCACUACUGAAAAAGCUCCUCACUAAGGACCCAGAGUGCCGCCUUUCAAGCCUUGCAGACAUCCAAAACUCUCCAUACCUAGCUGAUGUCAACUGGGAUGCUGUUCUAGAGAAAGCUGUGACCCCAGGCUUUGUUCCUAACAAAGGAAGACUGAACUGUGAUCCCACAUUUGAACUUGAAGAAAUGAUUUUAGAGUCCAAGCCUCUCCAUAAAAAGAAAAAGCGACUUGCCAAAAACAAAUCCAAAGACAGAGCUAAGGAAACCUGCCCACUGAACGUACACCUGCAGCAGUGCUUGGAAACCGUUAGGAAAGAAUUCAUCAUAUUCAACAGAGAGAAAUUAAGAAGACAGCAGGAUCAAAGUGGCCAGACUUCCAGCAUUGACAGCAGAGCAUCUCUUCAGAGCCACGAGAAGCUCCAAGACGGGCGGAACAACAAUUUGCUGGGACACGGCUGCACGCGAGGCUGCAGCAGUUAGUGAGCCACACCGCCAGGGCCGCGGGGGCUCCGCUCUGCGCACCCCUUCUUCUGCACCCAACCCUCAAAAACAGGAUCCCUGGCCAAGGACAAACCCACACAACACUGGCUGAGAUUUUCCAUGUACAACUCUGCUCUCCUCUUGACUCUGCCACUGGAAAAAUGACCAUCAGCAGCAAAACACAGUUUUUUUAAGUAAGUGUAACUUUUGUUUUCAAAAUCCUGGAAGAAAACUUGAAACAAUUCAUUAGGCAGCCUCUCAGAGAUUGCUACAUUCCUGGAUAUUUGCAAGAGACAACGUUGUACUGGGGCCUGUGUUAUCUUGAAGGCUUUAUCAUUACCCCCAAUUUCUCUGUUAAUUGAAAUGGUCCAGUUUGAAAUUUCGUGAAACUGCUGGACACAGCUGUUUCUAAGCACCUACUAUUGAAUUUAUAACAGAUGUACAUGAUGUAAAUACAAAAAUGUAGUGUCAAAUAGGCCAAACACGGAAUAAUUUCAUUUAAAUACCUGAAACUCUUUGAAAAAGUUGCAGUGUGAGUGUAUUUACUUUGUUCUUUAACAUUAUGUGUUCUGCUCUGUAGUAAAAGAUGUCACCAUGGCCAAGUCAAAGUUUUGCUAGUGACAUUAGUGGAUGCGGGAUCAGACACAUUAGUUAUGUAUGGUAACCAUGGCAAGGAAAGACCUUUUUAUUUGUAACAAUAGAGUGACUGAGCCAGAGCUGAAAAGCAGCUUAGUAAGGAGAGCUAAAAAUAUUAAGAAUUUGCUCAUAUCCAUAGCUAGGUCUUAUAAAAUGUUAAAAAGUUACGUGUCUCUGUUUUCAUGGCUCUAUCUUGGAUAAAAAUAUCUUGAAUAGAAAGAAACCUACUUUAUUCAAAAUAUUCCUGACAUUAAAUCCUUUUCUUUUAAACAGCAGACAAAAUUUCAAACAUUUAUGGUAUUUUCCAACUUGUACAUCCACAUUUUGAUAAUAAAUGCAUGUUUAUUCUGUCCGAUUGUGCUUUUGUUUUGAAGGGUUACCACCUGCAAGCAAAUUCCAUUUCAACUUUUUGAAACAAAUAGGUUAGGUUUCUGGAAGUGAAAGAGAUUUUCUUUGAAAUAAUCUAUUUUUGCUGCAUCAUUUCCAUUCUAUC